UUGUACGAUGUACUAUUUCCGCCCAGUUGCGCGUUGCGCAGAACACUGUCCGCCAUUUGUCAGACCAUCUCUUUUACACAAAAUUUCUUGUGAUGACCAUGGAGGUAGAACAGUACGAAGACGUAGUGCUCUCCACGGUUGGAGCUGAAACCGUAACUGUUGCUCCAUCCGCAGAAUUGCCGGAAAUUAAACUUUUCGGCCGCUGGAACUGCGAUGACGUCCAAGUGAGUGACCUGUCUCUGCAGGAUUACAUCGCUGUCAAGGAAAAGAACGCUAAGUACUUGCCCCAUUCGUCAGGACGUUAUGCUGCUAAACGUUUCCGCAAGGCCCAAUGCCCAAUUGUUGAACGAUUGACCAACUCUUUGAUGAUGCACGGUCGCAACAAUGGAAAAAAAUUGUUGGCUGUGAGAAUCGUCAAGCACGCUUUUGAGAUCAUUCAUCUUCUUACUGGUGAAAAUCCUCUUCAGGUGUUGGUAACAGCUAUCAUCAACUCUGGACCACGUGAAGACUCAACCCGUAUCGGACGUGCUGGUACCGUUCGUCGUCAAGCCGUUGAUGUGUCACCACUUCGUCGUGUGAACCAAGCCAUCUGGCUGCUCUGCACUGGAGCCCGUGAGGCUUCAUUCAGAAACAUUAAGUCCAUCGCCGAGAGUCUCGCUGACGAGCUCAUCAAUGCCGCCAAGGGCUCCUCGAACUCGUACGCCAUCAAGAAGAAAGACGAGCUCGAACGUGUUGCUAAAUCCAACCGAUAA